CGGUGUCGGUGGGUUUGUUGGUGUGUCUCUCAGCGUCGGUGUCUGUGCCGUUGAACUGCCCGCCAUGGCUGAACUUGAUCCGUUCGGCGCCCCUGCCGGCACUCCCGGCGGCCCCGCUCUGGGGAACGGGGUGGCCGGCGAAGAAGACCCGGCCGCGGCCUUCUUGGCGCAGCAGGAGAGCGAGAUUGCGGGCAUCGAGAACGACGAGGCCUUCGCCAUCCUCGACGGCGGCGCCCCUGGGCCCCAGCCGCACGGCGAGCCGCCGGGGAGUCCGGAUGGUGUUGAUGGAGUGAUGAAUGGCGAAUACUACCAGGAGAGUAAUGGUCCGACAGACAGUUACGCAGCUAUUUCACAAGUGGAUCGAUUGCAAUCAGAGCCUGAAAGUAUCCGUAAAUGGAGAGAAGAGCAAAUGGAACGCUUGGAAGCCCUUGAUGCCAACUCUCGGAAGCAAGAAGCAGAGUGGAAAGAAAAAGCAAUAAAGGAGCUGGAAGAGUGGUAUGCGAGGCAGGAUGAGCAGUUACAAAAAACAAAAGCAAACAACAGGGCAGCAGAAGAAGCCUUUGUAAAUGACAUUGACGAGUCAUCCCCAGGCACUGAGUGGGAACGGGUGGCCCGGCUGUGUGACUUUAACCCUAAGUCCAGCAAGCAGGCCAAAGACGUCUCCCGCAUGCGCUCUGUCCUCAUCUCCCUCAAGCAGGCCCCCCUGGUGCACUGAAGAGCCACGCUGUGAAACACUACAUCUGCAAUAUCUUAAUCCUACUCAGUGAAGCUCUUCACCUAAUUGGAUUAAUCAUGUUGAGUUCUUUUGGACCAAACCUUUUGUCUUUAGAGUUACUCAUUGUUUGUGAUUGCAUGUUUCUUCCUUCAACUGUGUUCUCCCGGGCAGAGAGGAGGGGGAGGUGGCAGCAG